UUCACGUCGACGUUGCGGCUGGCUCUGUGAAGUCGGCGCAGAGACUCGAUGCAACGAAAACAGCGGCACGGAAGCCAGGAUCACCCCAAGACGAACGGCUCUGGAAGAUGUAUCGGGACCUGCUGCCUGAUCAGCACGGUCCAGAACGCUCUGACAGCGUUCCAGGACGAGCUGGAUCGAUCUGUCCCUGUCCCAGCCCCACGUGGCACCCCCGCCCAUCCGCGGCGGCGGCCCACGGCGGCGUCGACGGCAUCGGCCCAGCGAUUCGACGGUGAAGGCCCGGCCAGCGAGCCGAGCACGCCAGGCCAGGCCGAGGAUGCUCCGCAGGCGGACAGCGCGGCCCACCGCGCGGCCGUGCUGUCCGCGCCAGCGCGGGCCUACUGCGGCAAGGGCAGGUGCAGCUGUCCGGCGCUCGCUGCGCAAGGGGAGGCCGAGGAGGAGGGCAGCAGCGGCCGCUCGUGGAGGAGCAGGUGGCGGGGAGGGCGCAGAGCGAACAGGCAAAAGCCCAUCGUCCAUGCAGGAAGGGCAGGCGCGCCUGUGGCACGCAGGCCCUCUGCGCAGGCUGGUGGAUGCGGGAUCGGGCCGGCCAGUGCCGAGCGUGCUGCAUCCCAAAUGCUGUUCGCUCUUCCUGGGGAGGGCAGAGAUCGCAGAGGGAAGGGUAACUGAAGGGAGAGGGAUGGGCGCAGAGUACAACAGGGCAUUCUGAUCAGCGGUGCCAGCAGUGCCU